AUGGAAGAACGUGUUGAUACCGAAGGUGUACUUAGACACCCAAUAGAUGCAGAGAUUUGGAAGAAUUUUGAUACACAAUAUCCUGAUUUUGCAAAAGAAUCUAGAAAUGUUAGGUUAGGAAUUGCAACAAAUGGGUUCAAUCCAUUUGGUGAUUUAUCAAACUCGUAUAGCAUGUGGCCAGUGUUGCUAAUGCCAUAUAACAUGCCACCAUGGAGAUGUAUGAAACGAGAAUUCUUAAUGAUGGCAUUACUAAUUCCAGGACGUCGUGCUCCAGGUAAAGACAUAUAUGUCUAUUUAGAACCUUUGAUCGAUGAGCUUAAGGAACUAUGGGAAAAUGGUGUACGUACUUUAUAUAUUAUCAAUAAAGAAUAUUUUACCAUGCGUGCUGCGGUAUUGUGGACGAUAAAUGAUUUUCCAGCAUAUGGUACUGUAUCUGGGUAUAGCACUCAAGGGCUAAGUAAAAAUGAUAAGAUCAUUAAGGACGAUAAGCAACAAAUGAAUGAUGCAUGUUAUGAAAACAAAACGAACUGGAAGCGAAAAAGUAUAUUUUGGGAGUUAGAAUAUUGGCCUAAAUUAAAACUAAGACAUAACUUGGAUGUGAUGCAUAUUGAGAAAAAUAUAUGUGAUAGUGUGGUUGGUACAAUAUUUAGUAUUGAUGGGAAGUCUAAAGAUACUGAAAAUGCAAGACUUGAUUUACAAGACUUAAAUAUUCGUAAGCAUCUACACAUGAAAAAGAAGGGGAAUAAUUGGUUGAAACCAGUAGCAUGUUAUACGUUAUCAGCGAAGGAACGACAAGAAUUUUGUAUGUUUAUAAAGUCUGUAAAAUUUCCUGAUGGAUAUGUAGGAAAUAUUUCUCGAAAUGUUAACAUGAAGGAUUGGAAAUUAUUUGGGUUGAAAAGUCAUGAUUGCCAUAUCUUAUUACAGAGGUUGUUACCUAUUGGACUAAGGCCAUAUUUGAAAAAGAAAGUGAUGGAUGUAAUUGUUGAGUUGUCAUUGUUCUUCAAAAAGCUAUGUGUGAGGACAUUUUAUGUGAAAGACUUAGAUGAAUUGGAAGAGGGAAUUGUGUUCACGCUAUGUAAAUUAGAAAGUAUUUUUCCUCCUGCUUUCUUCGAUGUGAUGAUACAUCUUGCGGUGCACCUGCCAUUAGAAGCUAAGUUAGGCAGUCCAGUACAAAUGAGAUGGAUGUAUUCGAUCGAAAGGGAAUUAGGUCAUUUGAAAAAAUAUGUAAAGAACAAAGCCCGACUUGAAGGUUCCAUUGCUGAAGGAUACGUUAUUACUGAGGCAUUAAAUUUUUGUUCAAUGUAUCUUCGUGGAAUAGAAACACGCUUUAAUCUUCCGGAUCGUAAUCCUGAACACCUUGGAAUUAGAAAACAAUCUACCCAAUCUAUAUUCAACGUGCCUACAAGACCAUUUGGAAGACAAUCAUCUAUCACAUUGAUUCAAGAUCAACGAAACCAACAUAAAAUUAAUCUUUCAAGUGCUUAUUAUGAAAACAGUGAACAUAGAUUAUUCUUACAAUCAAAAGGAAUUUUGGAUAUUGAUCAAGUGAAAAAAAAUGAAUUUUCAACUUGGUUUGAAAAUAAAAUAAAAAAAAUGAAUGAAACAUCAUCCGGUGAAGCACAAGAAGAUUUGUAUGCAAUUGCAAUGCAACUAGAUUAUUUGAUUUGUACAUAUACUGGUUGUAUUGUUAAUGGAGUUCGAUACCAUACAAAAAUUCGAGAUGAAAAACAUUUAACUCAAAACUAUGGUAUUAAGGUUGAAGCUGAAUAUGAUGGAAAAAUAUGUGAUUUUUACGGUGUCAUCGAUGAAAUUUGGGGAGUGCAUUACAUAUAUUGGAACAAAGUUAUAUUGUUCAAAUGUUUUUGGUACAAUACCAACGAAAGUGAAAAUAGAAUGUACACCGAAUAUCAUUUUACUAGUAUAAACACCAGCUCAAAAUGGUUUGAAGAUGAACCAUUUGUUAUUGCCAAUCAAGUAAGUUCAGUUUUUUAUUUGGACGACCUUAAAAAAAAUAAAGAUUGGAAAGUGGUGCAGAAAGUAAAUCAUCGGCACACCUGGGACAUACCAUCAAAGCCAGAGGAUGGUGAGGUUGAUGAUGAAGAUCCCACUAUCAUCAAUUCCGAAGCAUAUCAAGAAGAAUCGUCGAAUGACAUUGACGUAAAUUUUGAUUCAAUGACAAGUGAUACUAAUCUUAUUCGAGGUGAUAUUGCAGAUAUAGAAUGUGAUGGUGGAUUGUUCAAUGAUCUUCUAAUAGAUCAUAAUGAUCAAGUUCAAAACAAAAUAAACAAUGAUGACACUAGUGAAGAAGCUUUACUUAAUGAUUCCGAAGAAAUAAUUUUGAGUGAUGAAAGUGAUUAA